UUCAGCAGCUCAGGAUCUCUGUUCCAGAUAUACAGACGCACUGAGGAUGUCUAUGGAUAUAACCUUCCUCGGCACUGGCUCAGCAUAUCCCUCUCCAACCAGAGGAGCGUCGGCACUGGUGCUUCGCAGGGAAGGAGAGUGCUGGCUGUUUGACUGCGGGGAGGGAACUCAAACACAGAUCAUGAAGAGCCAUCUCAGAGCAGGCAGAAUUACCAAGAUCUUCAUCACUCAUCUUCACGGCGACCACUUUUUUGGACUUCCUGGCCUGCUGUGUACAAUUAGCCUCCAAAGCAGCCCUGAUGCAGACAAACCACCUCUGGAUAUUUAUGGGCCAUUAGGGCUGCGAGACUUCAUCUGGAGAAGUAUGGAGCUCUCCCACUCCCAACUUCUCUUUUCCUACACUGUUCAUGAACUGGUGCCUACACGGGACCAGUGCCCUGCAGAAGAAUUCAGAGAGUUCUCUUACAUGGGCAGUGAUGUGAUACCUCCUGAGGGAGCACAAGGGAGAAUACUCCAUCUGGAUCCAGCAGAAGACUCUUACUUGCUGCUUGAGGAUGAGCAGCUAGUUCUGAAAGCAUUUCGCCUAUUUCAUCGCAUUCCUUCCUUUGGCUUUGUGGUGGAAGAGAAGCCCCGGACCGGUAAACUCAAUGUACAGAAACUGAAAGACCUUGGAUUUCAACCAGGUCCUUUAUAUGGGAAGCUGAAGAGUGGGAGUACAGUUGUUCUAGAAAAUGGACUAAAGAUUUCUCCUUCUGAUGUCUUAGAAGACCCUAUUCCUGGAAGAAAAAUUUGCAUUCUGGGAGAUUGUUCAGGGGUGGUUGGAGAUGCGGCCGCAAAGCUUUGCUGUGGAGCAGAUGUCCUGAUACAUGAAGCCACGCUGGACGAUACCCAAGAGGAAAAGGCCAGAGAGCAUGGUCAUAGCACUCCGAAAAUGGCUUCGGAGUUUGCAAAAUGGUGUAAAGUUAAGAAACUGGUGUUGACUCACUUCAGUCAGCGGUACAAACCGGAUGCGCAGAGAGGUGAGGGGGAUGCGGACAUCACCGAAUUGAAGAGACAGGCAGAGUCAGUGUUAGAUGGCCAAGAAGUAACACUAGCAGAGGACUUCAUGACAAUAGAAAUUCCAAUGAGAAAGUUAAAAUGAUAGUGUUAGCAAGCUUGGUGUGAAGACAUAAACUAGGAUGGUGUUGGGUAACUGUAGGAUUCUGGUAUCCAACUGUGGCACACAGAACACUUGCAAACUGGAGACAGUACCAGGUACAGUUAUUUUGCUUUUUUAAAGCAAGAAAAAAGGAUACUCGGAUGUCUUGAACUUGGAAUAAAUUCAAAAUAGUUGGUUUCAAACACCCCAGAAACUGAAUGUUUAGGCUGGGCCGUCCUUCUCUUCCUUGGACCACAGAUUCUUACAGCAGAGCACUGGAUCAUUUGGCUUGAUACAGUCGGAAGGUCUGUGUUCUGCACCAGAAUUUAAGAUACCUUACCUGUUACAAGCUUUUGAGUAACAUCUAUUUCAAACUUGUCUAUAGUAUUCUGUAACUGUAACCCUGUUUCUGUGUAAGAGGACUAUCACGCUGGAACUAAUAGUUUUGCCAAAUGGUUGUAACUUGGCUGUUGCUACUGCUUAAGUUGAGGAGCUCUUCUAAUUCUCCCUUUGCAUAUGAAGUUUCCUCAUAAAUAAAUGCAGUUUAGGCUUUCCUGAAUCACUCUUACCAGUUUGAUUCAUUUAAACCUCUGAGGCAUGAGCCCUAAGUUUGCAUACCUAUUCCCUGCAUCAGUGAAGUUUUAGAAGACUCUGGAAGUCUUUAGCAGAUGACAAGUAGCCUCUCCUAAAAUGUUCCUCCAGGUGCAUUUUCUAAGACAAAUUAUCCUGAUUAAAAGCAUAUUUGUGUUUGUAGAAAUACCCCUACAGGAGGAAUUUCACAUACAUGUCACUCAGUCUGUUUCUGCAAUAACUUUAUCAGUCAAGGGACAUACAGAUCAACUUUAUCUUCUUUUCUUCCUGCCUUGAAACCAACUAGAAGUGUCCAAAUUUUAGCUUACUUUUCUGGUUGAAAGUGAAACUGAGUGGUUUAGAACCCUAAAGCUGUUUUCCCCAGCAUAGAUUUCCUGAAAGCUGAAACACUUCAGAGUUUUCUAAUAAACACUGAAAACUCUGGCAGAUGUAAGUGCA